CCGUCUAUCCUGGGUGCCCUCUGGCUAAGUAUCUAUAACAACCUCCACGAAACAUCUCUCCGGCUUGGCACGGGCUGUUAGUGUCAUGCUAAGGAGGGGCCCCAGUUCCCGCGGUUUGCCGCCGCGCGCUGGGGCAGAUUAGCUAUACGCUAAUCAAACCCUUAACAACGCACAUUUUCCCCUCGAUUCGAGCCGACGAUUAUUCAACCUAACGAGCCGCCGCCGACUUGACAUCGCCUUCCGCAGGCUAGAUGAAGUCUUCCUGGUAGGGCAGGAAGCAGAGGUUCCAUCUAGCCUCCCGAAGGAGCCGGGCGAACUUCAUUCCCGGCGCAAGCGGCACUUCCGGGCCCAAAUUGAACACCACCGAUCGACUUUUCGACUUCGCUCCCUCAACACCUUUUCCCCUCAAACGAUCGAAGACCCCCUCGAAAAGACAAACAGACACUAGGGUUGCUGUGUAUAGCCACGGUAAUACACGGCUGUGCUUGUUACAGAGCCUAACAGCAAACCCUACAACCUAUCCUCACGAGGUUUCGCCCCUUGUGGUUUCCCUCGUGGCGGUAUAACCUAUCACGAUAUGCUUCGGACGGCUACUGGGACGUUGUGUAAACCAGCAGCCUGCGGGCUCUGGGUCGAAGGAGAGGAAAUACCGGCGGAAUCGCGGUUUAGGGACGACCAGAGCACUGUCUCGGGCAAGCCAGCGGCACCCAGAGACAGCUCGAACACAUAGUUGCCUCUAGGCACGACUUGGAGGACGAUUUGGACUGUAUCUAGUGGUAGUUAUAGGCCUACGGCUCUCCACGCCACAUACCCUUCGGGAGGUCUGCCGCAAGGGCGGUUGCGCUCUUGCCGCCAUGGCGUAAAAUACAACAACAACAACAACUAAGUAUCUAUAACAACACUCCUUUUUAAACAACCAUCAUAUUGGCUCACCCCUACGUAGUCCGCAACCACAAUCGAAAAACAAAACCUCCUUCUUUAGCCAUGGAUAGUCGCAACAUCGCCCCCGAUCAGGUUCUUCUCAACCAUAUUUUUCCCGACCAGCCCCAGGCCUCCAGCUCCAUCAUCCUUCAGAAUUGGGACAAAUGUAUGUGCAAAGCGAGCUUUCCAAACUCCCCAGAACCCUGCCGCCCUCGUGUUGUUCGACUGGAGGUCAUACGCCAGGAUGAGAAGGCCACACAGUUCAACAUCGUCUCGGCAAUGCAUAAAAUCGCCGCCGACGCCAUUCACGACCUCGUUCCAGCCACCUUCCAAAUCGGCGUCGCGAGCAACGGAGAGGGAAGACGACUACGCUUCUGCAUAAUGGACUUCGCCGAGGGAGUCACGUUGGAAGAGGUCUGGGAACAAAUGAACAGCGAAAACCAGCAGUCCGUCGUGGCUGCUUUGGUCGAGGCGUUGCGGAAGUUACACUCUAUGAGACUCUCUGACGAUCGAGUCCGGGACAUCCUACGGCGAGAAAUGGAUGAGCAAGAUGUAGAAGCUUUCCAAAAGGCCGUCAUGGGCGGGCCGAGUACGGGAUUUCUUCACGACGGGCUAGCCCUUCUUCACGCCAUCACCUGGAGAUUGGAACUGAAGAAGCCCUUUCACACAACAACGCCCAUCCCAGAUUCCGACGGCGGCGGCAUUGUCCUCCGAUCGCAUUUUGACGAGCUUGGUUCCGUAGAGCUCCAAAGCGCCACCAUGGAGCAGUGGGGACGCGAAGCCGUGUUCUGCCACAACGAUCUCACCCCCCGCAACAUCAUCCUCUGGCCACGCAACGCCGACGACAGGACUCGGGCGCCCGAUUACGAGCUCUCCGCCAUCGUUGACUGGGAGCUUUCGGGUUUAUACCCCGCCUCGUACGAGCUGAGCCUUCAGAAUACCUACCUCAGCGGCGGCAACCGUCUGGUGUCCUUCUAUCUGCUCCUCAAGCGACAGAUGGGGAACCUGGUACCCGUCUCCGCGGCCCAAGUCUCCCUGCUGCAGGCCAUGAAAGUCCUGUCCGAGUCCCGGCAGCGAAGGCUGGCGGAGGGCUCCAACAUCCCGGCGCACAUUCGCGAGAGAUUCAUUCAGAGGUUACAGUUGCGCCGGCACGAGGAUCCUUACUUUGGAUGGGUACCAAAGAACCAGGGAGCGGCACCGCCUGAGUUCUCCCGCGUGGACGCCCAGAGACUCGAGGACGAUGUGGUUGCCGAGAUGGUCGCGCGGAGGCGGUCGAAAGUAGCCCGAUGACGUGAUGUUUUGGGGUUGGCCGGACGCAAGAUGGGUAAAUAUUAGAAUGAAUAGGACAUUGCCAUACUGAGUGUAU